UCACUCACUCACUCAGUAUGUGUGUCCAUUCGCUCAGUUACAAUCAGACGAGCGUCAAUGUUGUUCUCAUAAACAUAUGAGAGAAAAAAUGCUAUUGACGCGGCUUCAGUUCCUCUUUUGAAACAUUGUAACAUUCGUAACGCGGGGAACGCGUCUGGAGUUUUAUGAAAACAUAAACCAGGAAUUCUACAACCAACUGUUGAAAAAACCUUCAGAUCUUCAGAUCAAUGACAGUCAUGGACCAUCUGUGAUACCUGGUUGUUGUUCCCAGGGAUUGACCUUGGGUGUCACGUUUGUCCUGAAACAUGAAUUCUGCUAUGCAUGAUGGUCCUGCCGCCAACAUAUUUUGGUAAAAUUAAAUACUACAUCCAAAAUCUUCAGACGACGGUCGUCUAACAAAGGAGAAAGGCUUCACUUUUGUAUUCUUGAUUCCGUUGGGUGUUUGUAAACAGAUCAGAAUGGCAAAGUGGUUUAAAGACUACUUAAGUUUCGGGAGCAAGCGGGUGCCCCCUCAACCACCCAAACCGGACUACACUGAGAGCGAGAUACUGAAGGCAUAUCGUGCUCAGAAAAACCUGGACUUUGAAGACCCGUACGAAGAUUUUGAAAACAGGGCGAGAAACGAAAAUGGGCCGACUGAAGUGUUUCACACGGGCUUUGGUUCUCCUCUAAAAACCACGAGCUUGGAUAUCAAGGUGGUUUCGCCGAAACAUCGCCUCAUCAAGGUGGAAUCGCAAGACUUGGGACGGAGCAAGAUACUCUUGAGUUCUGUGUCUCUGGAGGAACCGACAGAUCCGGUCGUCCCUUCAGCUCCAGUCCUGGGAGAUAAUGACUACUCUGACCCGUUUGAUGUUCGUGUGGAGCUGCGUCCCGAAACUAUCCAGGGCCUGACCACUCCAGAAAACAAUGGUUAUAUGGAGCCCUAUGAGGCCCAAAAAGUGAUCACAGAGUUGCAAAGAAGAACUGGUGGAGGAGGUGUAUGGGGUAGAGGGGAGGUGCAGCUCUAUGACACCCCAUACGAGGAGCGAAUCCCCGGACAGCCUGAUCUGCCUGAGGAGGGCAGGGAGAGCCGACUGCCGCAAGACGAUGAGAGGCCAGCCGACGAAUACGACCAACCAUGGGAGUGGAAGAAGGAACAUAUCUCAAAAGCGUUUGCAGAUAUGAAAGAUCUGACCGAUCUGCCCUGGCCUCCUCCAGUUGGACAGCUGGAGGAGGAGCCUGUCUUGGGCGAGCAAGUGCAGUUUGAAGGCGCUGAGUGGGAUCGUUCUUCUCCCACAGAGCGCCUGAGGUCUUCUAGGCCUCUACCAACCACAGGCAGCUCGAAGCUCCGCAAGCCCAGUGACCCUCAUUCUGUGAUGGGGGAGAGAGUGGACCCAACCCUGCCCCUGGAGAAACAAGUUUGGUAUCACGGCUCCUUGUCGCGCUCGGAGGCGGAGUCUCUCCUGACCCUGUGUAAGGAGUGCAGCUAUUUGGUACGAAACAGCGAGACCAGCCGCUUAGACUACUCUCUCUCUUUAAGGAGUUGCCAGGGUUUCAUGCACAUUAAAUUCUCGCAGUCCAAAGACGGACGCUACGUUCUGGGUCAGAACAGUCCUCCGUUCGAGACCAUCCCUGAAGUGAUCCACUACUACACCACACACAAGCUUCCCAUCAAAGGAGCCGAACACUUGUCCCUCCUCUUCCCUGUCCUGGUUCAGACUCUGUGAUGGGUCGAAGCACUGCAGGUCUCAGUGCUAUGAGCGAAAUGACAUGAGAAGAUUUUUUUUUAGGUUCCUUACAUUUUUUUUACAAUUUUAAGGGUCAUCUGUUUAAUAAAUCGUGAAUGAACUUUAAACAUGUCAGAUUAAAUUAACGUGACUUUCCGUCUCACAAAAUGGCCCUUCUGUGAACUUUAUCAGACGACUGUCGGCAGUGAGACCCGUCACUUGGCUUCAUUAUUUUCUGUUGGGACUAUGGAUUAGUCAUCUCUAAUGUUUAUUGAUUGAUUAGCAGCCUCUUGGGUCAACCAGACGGAAGUCUGCUCAUUUAUAGCUGCUGUAAAAGACAUUUAUGACUAUCCUCUCUUUAAAGUUUGUUAAGUCGUUUGUAAGAUUCUUAAGACCACACAGAUGCCGUCUAGUCGGUUUAAGGAAGUAGUCAAUCCCAUUUCGUUUCAUAUGAUGUCAUUUUUCCGUUUUAAUUUUGGUCACUGUGGCCCUGUCAUAGAUCAGGGUCUUCAUAUUAUAACGAUGAGAACAGAUACUAUCAUUUCAGUUCUGUUAAGUGUGAGGUUUGAAUAAUCACAUGCAAAAAUCUGUCUGUUAUUGAUAUUAUUUAGGAUACGGUAAAAUGUUGAAGAUGUUUCUUAGCUGCUGUUUCACAUGUGUUGUAUAAUAAACUUACAAAAGAGUGAAUAAGAA